GUCUUUACGUCUUUCAUUCUGUAUCGAUCUAUCUUUAUCUGAUUUAUAACUAUAAAUUUUCCUAAUAUAUUACACAGACAAUUAGUUUUGCUUUGAAUAAAACAAUGAAGAUAUUGGCCGCAAUAAGUUUUUUUGUGGCAGUUUGUGCUGACAGCACUAUCCCCGUCGUGCCAGGGGAUAACAGUCACUACGUGGAAGGUGUCAGCCGUUACAUCUGGAUGCCUGAUGGUGAAGGAAAUCCUCUCCUCGUAGAUCUUCACGCUCCCGUUCCUGUCGAUUUUCUCCUAAGUAGAAAGGGAAAGGACAACAAAUACUUUCUAUAUACAAGACAAAACCGCAACGAUUAUCAAGCACUUGUUAAAGGAGACGUAAACUCAAUUCGCAAUUCUAACUACCGGGAUGAUAGACCAACGAAAGUUAUUACUCAUGGUUGGAUGCACAACGGAAAAACUGAGUUGAUGAAACAACUCAAAGAAGCUUUCCUUGAUGACGCUGAUGUUAAUGUUAUUGUUCUGGAUUGGAGUUCCACUGCUAGGAAUUUUUAUAGCUUAGCAGUGCGAGCCGUCCCUGACGUGGGCGUACAGUUAGCACAAUUUCUUGAUUUUGUUUUCGAUACAGCCGGUGGCAACUGGGAUAAUGUUCAUUUAGUUGGCCACAGUUUGGGAGCUCACGUGAUGGGCAAUGCUGGUCGCGCAGCUUCCUCCCGCCCUAUGCGCGUUACAGGUUUAGACCCAGCUGGACCACAGUGGGGUGGUAACGCUAAAGCACUAAAUCGUAGCUCUGCCACAUACGUUGAGUCCAUUCACACAGAUGGUGGUGUUCUCGGUAUCUUUGAUCCUAUUUCCCACGCUGAUUUCUACCCGAAUGGAGGAAGGAGUUUUCAGCCUGGCUGUUUCACAAAUUCCUGCUCCCAUAGUCGUGCCGUAUUACUAUUUGCUUCCAGUCUCAGAUCAAACCACUUACAAGGUCGUUUGUGUGCAGACUUAAACGAGGCUCGAAGAAACAAAUGUACUGGUUCCCCGUUUGUGAUGGGCACCUCCCAACUUUCCAAAAGAGGUACCGGUCUCUACGCUCUAGCCACGGGUGCCAAAUAUCCUUACUGAAUGGAUCUAGAUUGACAUAUGAUUAAUGUGAAAAUGAAAUAGAAAUUUACAUUUAUUCAAGGAUUUUUUUUUGGUUUCCUUAAACC